AAUACGUGACAAUAUCCGUCACUACAACCAACAAAGUAUCGCAGGAUUUGUUCUCAAAAUGGUAUCGAUAGUUAAAGUACAGUGAACAGCUCACGCCCCACUGCGGAACGCCGUUUGUAAUCCUGCAAAUGGUAUCUUUUCUCAAUCACAUAAAUCCAACAAUUGCAGCCUACGCCUUAGAAAGAAGAUAAAAACAGCUGCACACGCAAGGAGUAUAGCUAGCAUCGCUAGCAAAAUAAAUUCAGUUGUGCUAGCCAACUAGCUAGCUACGCAGAACAGCAAUAAGUGAUGGAGCCCUCAGAGCAGUCCGCGGCGGACCCCGAGGCCCAGGAGGUGAAUCCAGUCUACCUUCAGCAGCUGCGGGAGCUGGACAUCCCUGAGGAGGCUGCAAAACAGGCCCUGUUGCACACACGAAAUGUGUCUGCAGAAGAGGCCGCCAUGUACUACUUCAACAAGCUGGAGAAUGAGGAGGAAGGGGAUGAGGAUCUGAUGUUCAAAAUGGUGUUUGUAGUAAACAUGGAUCUGUCGAUGGGUGUCGGCAAGGUGGCAGCCCAGGUUGGUCAUGCUGCUGUGGGCUUGUACCAGGCCAUGCAGGAGAAGAACAGCUGGAGGGAGAUGGCCUGGAAAUGGGACCAUUCUGGAGCUAAGAAGGUGGUGUUGCAGGGAUCUAAUAUGGCACACCUGCUGGAACUCCAGGCCUUGGCAAUGAGUCUUAAUUUGCCGACAUACCUAGUACAGGAUGCAGGACUGACUCAGGUGGAGUCCGGCUCUCGAACCGUCCUGGCCAUCAUCGGAGAAGAGGAGAUGGUCAACAACGUCACCGGAAGUCUAAAACUCCUUUGAGCACGGACCUCGAGGAUGCUGUGAAAAUGAAUGGCUAUGCAGUACCACUUUUUAACCACUGGGGGGCGGCAUAGCCUCACAACAGCAAGUCUUGGCAUGCAAGCGUUAUAAAACAGCCCAUUUUCAAAAAAAGAAUGCAAAGAUUCCGAGGACACCAUCCUCCCUAACAUACACAUAUAGUGCAAAGACAAACACUUAUUAUUUGUUUCCUUUCCGUGUCAUUGAUAAGAACGAUGGAAAGGCGGGUCAAUCCGCGGGAGCGAUGGCGAUAUCUUAGGUUUUCUUGAGGCGCCAUAUGUCUACGUAAGAGACAAAGUUUGCACGCCUGAGUUUAGAAUUGAUGAGAAAAGAGAACAAGGUGAUAAGAACGAUGGCCAUAGUAAAGGGAAUAUCAUGAUUGUUGUGAAACUAAAUUCCAUGACUAGUCUUAUUUCAACACCAAUUUCUGACCAGCGUUCCAUGAUGAGGAAGUCUUAUAAUAGGACCCCGUUUUUUUGGUGAUCUUCAAGCCAAAGUAGUUUGCCGUUGACAAGAUAUCUUGUAAAAUUAAGAUUUUAGAUGUAGGAUAACAGUGUCCCUCUAAUGUCUAAUAAGAAUACCACAUCACUAAAGGGUUUUUUUCCCCUUUACUGCUUCUUUGAUGUUAAAAUCAAUGUAUGUGUACUUUAUGUAGCCUAUGGUAGUGACAUGCUCUCCCCAAGGAUUCCCUUUAGCAACAACUAAUGCAUCAAUGUAAAAUUGGCCAGCUUUCCCAUAUGUAUUGUGCAGUGCCAUGUUUAAUAUUCCUCUGCAAUUGUUGUUGGACUCUGUUACCUUAACUUUUUUUCUGCUUACGGGAAGAGGUCAUCUUGACAGUGCAGUGCUCUUAUCUGAAACAGGGGGGACUUUUUAUUUGUUUCAUAACAUGCUCUUGAUAGCUCUGUAACACUAUUGCAUAUCUGAACCCUGUGCUCAUUGUUAUUAGGCAUGGGGUAAAGUUGAUGUUGUAUGUUUACAAAUGUGUCGUGUUCCUAUUCUUCCUUAAUUCAGAAAAAUACUUGUAACGGUUUUAAGUGUGAUAAAUGGAGAUAAGGAGUGUUAAAAACAAGACAUGAACGAAUCACAA